CCAUAGGCCACUGGGAGAACAGAACCCCUGAUCCAGGAGACCUCUUCUCACGUUCUUAAAUUCAGCUCUCUGAGCCCCUCAAUGUCUUUGAAACGAUCCCGAGUCAAAGCUGGAGCCAAGUCUUCCACGUCCCUUCCUUUGCAAGCACCCUGGAGAUACGGCAUCUAUGGGUUAAAGAGCUAGAGCUCAUGGGUUCUUUUCACACCUUCUACGCUAGUGGAUAAAAGCUCUCCUGCCUCCUUUAACGGUUUGAAAUGAGACGCUUUAAAAACUAGGAGCCAGGUCGUUUUCUUCCCGGGGCACUCCUGCAGGAGCUUGAGCGGAGAGGGGGGGGGGGUUAAUCCGGUUGCCAGGACGUCUGGGUCCCUCCGGAGGAGCGUGCAAUUUCGCUUGUAGACGGCUGAGCUGGGCGGCGCCUCUUGGCCGAAGUCCAGGACUCGGUGUCUUUGGGCGGUGCUGCGGUCGCAACUCGUGCUUCCGCGUCCGGGAACUCCUGGCUGCCGGCGUGCAGUUUCUCCCAUUGCCGCGGCUGCUUCGUUUCUGCGGAUGUCCAAGGAGCCUGCUACCUUUGCUGAGAAGUCCAUGGAUUCCCCUGCCCCUCUCUGUGUGGAGACACCCUUGCUUCAUGCUUGCUCUCCUGUUCCCCUCGCCCUCCAAAAGCUGGAGGAAUCCCGGGCCCGACUCUUGCAUCCCAUUAAGCCUUCUGCUUCAUGGCUGGCUUCGCUGAAGCCUCUCGAUACGCAGAGCCGAGUUGUGCCAGGCCACUUGACAACACGGUAUAUUCUGAGCGCCCUGGAUUGCAAAUGCUACAGCUUAGCUCCUGAUCAGGCACAGCCUCCAGCAACCAAAGCUAAGAAACCUCUGCCAUGUUCCGCCUUCUCUGAACCGAUCCCGCUGGGUCUGGAGAAUUCCUUCCUGAAACAGCCUGCCCACUUUGGUCUUAAGGGGCUGAAGGAGUCCAGAGCUCGCCUGUUGCGCCCUGUUGCCACCUCUUCCCCAUGGCUGGCCUCUCUGAAACCUUUGGCUGUGCAGUUCUCUUCCCGAUUGGAUCCUCAGGAAAAAAUCUGUGGCCAGAUGUACCUGGGUUUGCCACCAAGUUUCGGAGCCCAGGAUGAGGCUGUUGGAACCCGCACCAAACUGGAGCAGCCACAAGAGGAUGGGGAUGAAGUGGACUUAGCUGACGAGAUGCCAGAAUAUGUUCUGAGCGUGCCCGAAGACCAGUUGAAAGUGCAAACUGAAGAGAAGGACCCCUCUGGAGAGGCGAUGCCACUGGAGAGCGAGGAGCAGCAUUUGAAAGAACAAAAAUUGAUGUUGGUGAGCCUGGCCUGCUGCUCCCUGGUGGAAGGGCCAAAGUUUGGGAACCCUCCCAGUGAGCUGCAAGAGGCGCUGAUGCAUGUGUGCAAAAGCUUAGCAGAGCUGGAACCUGAAUUCAUCCUCAAGGUUGCCCUGUACACUCGCCAAGAACUGAAUAUCCGCAGCACAGCCAAUUUUCUCCUGGCGCUAUCUUCCCGCCUUCUGCCCUGCCGCCCAUAUCUGCGCCGCUAUUUCUGCCACACCGUGCAGCUUCCCUCUGACUGGAAGGAGGUGGCCAGGCUUUAUCAGAUCCUAGCAGGGGAAGGAGAAGCUCUGGCUCCGAUGCCUUCCUGCCUCCGUGCUGCAAUGGCUGAUAAGUUCCGGCAGUUUGAUGUGUACCAGUUGGCCAAAUACAAUACCCGCAAGAGCCAAGGGAAAAAAUCCCGUCGGCCAAAGAUCAAAAAGCCGGGACCAGGAGUCUCUAAUAGUGAAAAGCAUUCACUUGCCUGGAAUCGACCUCUUGUAGCAAAAUUAAAAACUCUUCAGAAUAAGUUUCGAAGGGAGCGUCCAAAAGCCUCCAAGGAUCUUUUCUCAUUGAAGGCUUUGGUCCAGCGCCUUCACAUUGGUGAGCCGUCCCAGCACGUGAUGAGUCUCCUGGGAUGCAGGUACCCCUCGGAUUUGCACGCCUUCUCACGAAGCCGCCUCCCCGGGCCCUGGGACUCGAGCCUGGCUGGCACUCGCAUGAAGCUGCCGAAGCCACAAACCUGGGAUCGGGAGCUGAGCCAACACGGGAACAAUGCCGCAGUCUGGGAAGAGCUGAUUGAUGCAGGGAAGCUGCCUUUCAUGGCCAUGCUGCGGAACCUGCGCAGCAUCUUGCGGACUGGUGUGAGCGAGCGGCAUCACAAACGCUUACUGAAGCGCCUGGAGGACAAGGAGUCUGUGAUCCACAGCAGGCAGCUCCCUUUUCGCUUCCUUGCGGCGUACAAGAUCAUCCAGGAACUGGAGAAGGACCUUGAAGACAAGGAAAAGCCCUGCCCUAGCAACACGGCUAUUGUCCUAAAGAUCGUGAAGGAAUUUGGACUGCCCAUCUCUAAACCUUGGCACAUCAGAAAGCCAAAGCAGUCUUUUACCCGCCGAAGACUUCGUUACUGCAUGGAUAUCCCGGUUAUCUUCCAGAUGGUGAAGCAGGAGAAGAAAAAACUCUCCAAGGCCAGGGAUGUGCAUUGCAGCCGUGCCAUUCUGCAGCGUUACCGUGAGGCUUUAGAGACAGCGAUCCACGUUGCUGUUCGGUACAACGUGCCCCCAAUCCCUGGCCGCACCCUCAUCCUGAUCUCCUGCCAAUCAGAAAUGUGCGAGCCUUACGUGCAAGCCCGGGAUCUCUGCUGCCCAAGCACUGACCAGAAGGAUCACAAUGAACAGAGCAGCAAACCCCUCACGAAACUGGACAUGGCCAUGUUGUUGGGCUCCAUGGUGUAUUCUGUGUCGGAGCAGGCCCAGCUUAACCUGUGCUCCUACGGAACUGUUUUGGUGCCUGUUGCCAUGACAGGCUCUGUGCUGAAGGACGUGCAACUUCUGCAAAGUAAGGACAUAGGCCUAUUUCGUGACAGAAAUUUUGCAGUCAGUGACGUCAUCAUGGACCUUAUUGCUCGCCGCCAGCAUGUAGAUACAAUUCUCUUGCUGAGCGAUAGCCCCGAGCAUACUCUCCGUGGCUCCUGUCUUUGGCUAUAUCGCCACCAUGUGGCUCCAGAGUGCCUCUUUGUCAAUGUCUGUGCUCGUGCAGCGAGUUCAAGGACGUUUAGUUCCACGAAUGAAGUUGUGAUGAGUGGGUUCAGUGAGCAGGUACUCAGAUUCAUGGCCGAAUGUGGUGGCUCCCGGUUCCUAGAGCACGUUGAGAAGGCUGAUGAAGUCCACGGCCUGCCGAAGCAGCGGAGGGCAGCAUCGGCCAAGGAGGAAAUGAAGGUUGCGCCCUUGAUACCUGCCCCCAAGAGCAGGUGGCGCUCCGUGAGGGUUUUUGUCUCUUCCACCUUCCGGGACAUGCACGGCGAACGUGACCUGCUGAUCCGCUGUGUCUUCCCUGAGCUAAGAGCCCGGGCAGCCCAGUUCUGCCUGACAAUAGAGGACAUUGACCUCCGCUGGGGAAUCACCGAACACGAGAGCCAGCAGAACAAGCAGCUGGAGCUCUGCUUGUCGGAAGUCUCUCAGAGUCAGCUCUUCAUUGGGAUCCUUGGCGAGCGGUAUGGCCAUGUCCCUGAGGAGUAUUCCUUACCAGAUGAGCCCCAGUUUGAAUGGAUGAAGUCUUAUCCAACAGGCCGCUCCAUCACUGAGCUGGAGUCUGUUCAGUUCCUGAACGGUUGCAACAAUCCUGCUUCAGCGUCCAGGGCAUUCUUCUACUUGCGAGAGCCAGACUUCCUUGGCUCCGUGCCAGAUGCGUGGAAGGCAGAUUUUGUGACUGAAUCGGAGGAGGCCAAGAGUCGGCUGGCAGACUUUAAGGAAUGCCUUGAGAAGUAUGAGGGUGUGGCUUCAAUUGCCAGAUAUGUUUGCCAAUGGGGCGGAGUAGCCCAGGGCAGGCCAUAUGUCAAGAGUCUUGAGGAUUUUGGUGUCAAGGUCUUACAGGAUGUGUGGGAAUGCCUCCGGCAUCAGUUUAUUGAGAGAGAAGGCUCCACUCUUGACAAUGACUCAGACAAGCAGGAAGAAAAUGUUCUGCAAGACUCUUUCCAGGAGUUGCAGCAGAGGAGAUUCUGUGCCCGGGCAAAACUUCUCCAUGCUACGGUCGCCCAGCUACGUGGGGGCAAGCUCUACGUUGUGAGUGGUGAACCCGGCCAGGGGAAAACCGUCUUCUUGGCGGCUCUUUCCCAGGUCCUCAGAAUGAAGGCCCCACCACAGAAGGAAGACCCUGCUCCCAGCUACCAUGUUGUGGCCCACUUCACUAGGGCCCGGCCCGAUCAGGCCGAAGCCCAGGUCGUAUUGAGCCACCUGUGUGCCCAGCUGAGGAAAUUGCUGGAGCAGCCUCCAACCCCACCCAGAAGCUACAGGGGGCUGGUUGGCCAGUUCGAAUCACUCCUUCACUCUGUGGCCCAGUCUUUGAAACGACGCCAGUCUCUAGUGGUUUUGGUAGAUGGUGCUGACCUUAUCCACGUAGCCGGUGGGCAGCUGGUUUCUGAUUGGCUGCCUGAGGAGCUGCCUCCGCGAGUCAGCCUUGUCCUCAGUGUCUCUGAGGAGUCUGCUCUCCUUGGAUCUCUGAAGCGAUGGAAGGAUGCAGUCUCCAUCUCCCUUGGAGCCCUAGACCCCCCUGACCGAGUUGCUGUGGUCCGCCAAGACCUGGCCUUGUACGGCAAAAAGUUGGAAGAGUCUGCUUUUAAUAACCAGAUGCGGCUCGUGCUCCUGAAACGUGGCUCCCGGCAACCUUUGUACCUGACCCUGCUGACCCAGGACCUGCGCCUCUUUGCUCUGUAUGAGAAGCUCUCUGAGAGGAUCCAGAAGCUGCCGGUGUCCCUCCCUUUGUUGCUGCAGCACCUGCUGGGGUGCCUGGAGCAAGAUCACGGGGUGGAGCUGGUCGCUGUCGCCCUCGUCGCUCUCUGGGCCAGCAGAGACGGGCUAACAGAGCAAGAUCUUUACGCCAUCCUUGCUGAUUGGAAAGAGCUGAAUGGGACAGACUUCACCUUGGAAGAAGUCGUUGGCGUUGAAAGAGAAGCUGGGAGCUAUCCCAUGGCCCCCUUCUUUGAUUUCCUGCGGAGCCUGAGAGGCCUGCUCGGGGCAUGUGGUUCCCCCACAGAGCCCCCAGGCUCCCGGCUGCAUCUCUACAACACUCCCUUGAGGAUGGCGGUGGAACGGCGUUACCAGAAGAAGCCAGGUCUGGAACGCAGAGCUCAUGUACUCUUGGCAGCUCACUGGUUGAAACGGUCAGACCCAGUUGAUUCUGGGACCUUCCAGAAGUGUGAGGCAGAGCCCUUGUUGGCACUUCCCUAUCACCUGGUCCAAAGUGGCUGCUUUGACAUGCUGGCUGAUUUGCUGAUUGACCUGGAAUUCCUGAGUGCUCAUGUUCGGCUGGGUCUCCUCCACUGCCUCUCUGCAGCCUAUGCACUUUGGGAGACCGGUCCUCCCUUGCCGAUCAAAGUAAUUGUGAGAGCCUUCCGGGCCUUCCUGCAAAGGAACAUUGGGCUGUUUUCCCAGAACCCUCUGAUGGUUUUGCAGCAGGCAGCCAAUGAACCACAUGGCACAAGCCUCUGUGUGCAGGCUUUGGAUGCCCUCCGUGAAAAUGGGAGGCUGAUCCUGAGAUGGAUUAACAAGCCUCAGGAAGCGCAGAAGACCAGUAGUCUUGUCCUGACCUUGCCUGCUGCUCCUUCCUGUGUCUCGAUUGCUGCUUCUGGAAAGCUGGCUGCUGUGGGCACCACUGAGGGAACCCUGCACCUCUUGGAUGUGGAGACUGGGCAGGAAUUGAAGUCUUUGCUGAGUGCCUGUGAUGGGAUCUCGGCCUGUGAGUUCCUGUCAGAGACGGCCGUCUGUCUCGGGGCAUUCAGUGGACUCUUGGAGCUCUGGAGCCUGAGGGAAGGGUGCAGGCUCAUGGUGACAGAUGCUCACAAGGCCCAGAUCACAGGCUGUUGUACCAAUGCUGAUUGCAAGCUGCUAGCUACUGUCUCACUGGAUGGCUUCCUCAAGCUCUGGGCAUCUACUGAUGGUCAUCUGAUGCACCAACGGGACUGUUUAUGCCCUUUGAACUGUGUGACCUUUCACCCCGAGGGUCAGUUGGUGGCUACAGGAGGGUGGAACAAAAUUGUUACCAUCCUGGAUGCAAGUGACAUGAGCGUGACCUCGGUGAUGAAAGGCCAUGACGCCUCCAUCCAUUCCAUUUCCUUUUCCUGUGCUGGGAAUGUUUUGGCAGCUGGGUCCCUGACAGGAUCUGUCCACCUCUGGUCUUGGCGGGAGGCUGUCCCCUUAAGCACAUUCUUGGCUCACUCAAGUUGUGUCUCCGCUGCUCUCUUCCUCCCAGGGGGGAAGCUGCUCACGUCAGGAGAAGAUUGCAAGGUCCAGCUCUGGGCAGGUCACCUGGGGCAGCUCUGGAGCACUUUAGGAUCAGUGUGCUUUUCCCCGGCUCUGUGUGCUGCACCCAGUCCUGAUGGCAGCCGGUUGGCUGUGGGGCACCAUUCAGGCGACCUCCGGAUCUACAAGCACCCUUGGCACUUCGACACCACACCGAUCUACUGCAACGCAAUUAGAGUAGCUUUCUGUAGCCUGGCUUGGCUGGACAACCUUUACCUGGUUGGGGGCAGCAAUGAUGGGUCCCUGACCAUCUUGAACACCUUGGAGCUCUGUCCCCCUCGCCUCCGUAAACUGCAGGCCCACAGCGGAGCUGUGACAGGCCUUGCUGUCUUCCAGAAUCUGGUGGCGUCAACAUCAGAGGACUUCACUGUCCAGGUGUGGCUUUCAAAGACACUGAGAGCAGCAGACCCAGCUGCAGGCGUCGGCGUCUCACCCCUCGCUGUCCUCCGGGGUCAUACCGCUGGGGUGACUUGCUGUGCCUUCAGCCUUGAAGGCUCCUACCUUGCCACUGGAGGCAAAGACCGGUCCUUGUUUCUCUGGGACGUCUGCAAGAAGACCCCAUCCCUCUGGUGCUCCCUGCCUUUCUGCCACCAGGACUGGAUCUCCAGUUGUGCCUGGGCUGGCCCCAUGUUGCUCACCGGCUCCAACGACUGCACUGUCUGCCUCUGGGCUCCCAAAACUGGCCAGCGCCUCCAGGAAUUCCUGGGCCACCAAAGCCCAGUCUGUGGCGUCGUGAGCGAGAAAGAAUACGUGUUCUCCGUGGGCAGGGAUGGGAUGCUGGUGGCGUGGGACCAGCAGGGGACGGAGAAGACGCGGUUCUUGGCUCACCCUGGUCGGGCUAACCACUCUGCAGGCUUCAGAGAUCCACGGAAAAAAGAGUUUAUGUUGGCUGCAGCUGGCUGUGAUGGCACAGUGAAACUCUGGAAACCCCUGAAGCUGGGGGAACCCCACCUCCUUCCGGGCCACAGCGCUGCUGUCUGUGGAGCUGCGGCCUCCCCAGCAUCUUCCUCUUUCCUGACAAUAUCUAAAGACAACACAGUCCGAGUGUGGACCGUUCCAGAGAAGGCGGGUGUCGCCGAAGACCUUCCACCUCACCAUGGUGCGGUCACGGCCUUGGCCUGGUCCCCAGAUGGGGAGUUUGUUGUGUCUGGCGGGGAGCGAGGAGACCUGAUUGUCUGGCAUGAAGCCGAGGUUGUGGAGAAAGUAAAGGCUGGCCCUCACUGCAUCAGUGCCUUAGCCUUCACUUCCCCACACACAGUCCUUGUGGCAACUGAUGGGAUCAGCCUCUGGGGCAUAAGGCGGCGAGAUGAUGGAGCUAUCGGCUUGACCUACAAGAAAUGUCUGCGCCAGGCAGAGGAGGCUCCAGUGCUCUGUGUGGUAAAGCCUAGGCCUCACGGCCCUUUAGUCCUAGGAAUGACUGAUGGAGAGUUGUUGGUGCUCAAGCCGAAAGGGAAGGAUUUCCAGCUGAUCCCAUACACAGACAGAGCAUGGGAUAAGACGGAGCAUUUGAGCUUUGACAUCGCUGCAGCUGAGGAGGGGGGCAUCGUUCACAUCUGGGACUCCAUGGACAGACCUCGCUUGUUCAAGAUGAAGUUGACCAAAUCUGGGAAGUUAGUGGAUACAGAAACGCCAGAGAAGAUACCAUGGACACCAAAAAGGCCCUCUGUGUGGGUCACGGUUGCCCGGUUGGUCAAAGAUAAAGUCCUGCUCUAUGCUGACUCUGAAGGAUCCCUCUGGACUCAGACCCAGCGGAAUGAGGAGGGUCUGGAUAAAUGGGAGCCCGAAGGCUGGCAGAGGAGGAAGAUUCACAGUGACAAAAUCACAGCCUUGCAUGUCCUUGGAGAUAGGAUUAUAACAGCAUCCCAUGACCGAGAUGUGAAGAUUUGGGAUGGCGACACAAUGAAGCUGCUGGGCCAGUUCCGCUGCCAUGGGCCAGUUUCACAGCUCCAGCCUUGGCUCCGAGACAACUCGUCACUCUUCCUCUACGUGGGUGACACAUUGGGCAACGUCUACUGCUUGGAGUGGGGCUCCUGUCCUCGUUGAGGAGCCGUCUUCCUGGGGGUGCCAACCCGCCUCUCUGGCCUGCAACUCCCCUUUCAAGGCACGAGUGUUGAUGUUUCACCAUUACAGCCUCAGACUGAGUGUUCAGCAGAGUCCAGGUGCUGAGAGGGGGGAAUCUUGCGCACUCUUGAAUGGCUUCUUGGUUGAUGUAGAGACAGUACUUCUGUGGUGGCCUGCAGUUGCCUAGCAACUGUGGGUCUUAGGCCACACAGCUCAAAUAACUAUGUGAGGAAAUGCCUUAGAACCUGUCUAGAGCCUAAGUUUGAUCAAAACAAGUUUUAUAACUCUACAACCACAGAAGCGAAAGACAGAACUUGUAUUAGACCACCUGUUGCUGUUCCUUGUUUCAGAGGGGCUAAAACCUUUCUGUUGUCUGUACAGACUCCCCUCCCCCUGCACUCAAAAUACUCCCCUACACCAAAUUUACAAUAUAUGUCAGACUCUACAAAAACCAUUUCUUUUGCUAAUGCGCCUUGUCUUACCUCAAAGUUGAUGGGGGGGGGGGGAAAUAAAGCAAUGUCAAUCA